GGGCUGCAUUUGCAAGCUGAGCUUGCAUGCAUAAUUGAAUUAGUCACAAAUUAUGAAUGAAGAUGAUAUGUUCAGUGUUGCUUUCUUGGGUAUCAGUAAAACUCAAAUUGGUACAGUAACUGAGGAUUUGAUUGGCCUCCGUACUUACAAACUGACAAUAGACAAAAUCAUUAGCAUUAUAGAAAAUGAUGGACCAAAAGGUCACUUAGAUGAUUCAAAAUUUAGCAUCACUCCAGAAAGGCAAUGCCACAUUUUCUGCAGUGGCAGAGAAAGCCCCUUCACAUCAAGAGCAGAAGCAGCCAAAAUGAUUGAGGGAAUUGAUGUAUUCAUAAUCUCAGCAUGUACAGAGCUAGUAUUUGCAAGACAGUUCCUUCAGUGGAUUGAUUAUGCUAGUUUGCCUCAGUCAGCAGUAGUGAUUGUAAGACUACCUUUUGCUGAUGAAGAGAAGCCAUUUUUAACGUACCAUGCCUCAUGGUGGCUCCAAGAUAUGGGACUUACUCCAGAGGGAAAAGAAACGAGGGGUAGUCGUGUAAGUAGGAAAAUAAGAAGAAAGACUUUUGUACUUGGUUUGUCUGGUUAUGGUGGCAUGCCAUUGAACGAAGGAAUCACUGAAAUACAGUCUCAUUUGAGUUUAAUUCAGAACAACAGAUUGGCCAAAUUUGACAAGCCAAUUAAAGAAACACUUAACGCUGGACAGUCUUUAUUCAAUUCACUGACUAGUUGGCUUUUUAAAAGAACUCCUAGUUAAAAAUCUUUACAAUUAUUUUUUGUUUUUAUCAUUCAUUUGAAGUCCCAUGCACAUACAUGUAUAAUCA